AUGUUUUUAUUGCUGCUUUUAUCAAUUAUUGGUUGCAUUUUAGCGCAAGAAGCUACAAUUGAUAUAGCCGACUGUCCAGCAGGAUAUUAUUGUGUAGAUAGAAGUAUUACACCCAUCCCAUGUCCACCCGGAACAUGGAGUAAUUCUGGAGCAGUUACAUGUACACCUUGUCAAGCAGGAUAUUAUUCAACAAAAGCUGGAUCAUCUUAUUGUACCAUAUGUGAACAAGGACAUUUUUGUGGAAUUGCUGAUUUCCCUCCUGAACCAUGUCCAUUAGGAUAUUUCAAUGAAAAAUUAGGACAAACAGAAUGUACUCUAUGCCAUGCUGGUACCUAUACACCUGCACAGGCUUCAGUAGAAUGUACAGUAUGUCCAGCAGGAUCAUUUUGUUCCAAUCCAGCUGUAUUACCAGAUAAAUGUCCCACAGGUCAUUACAGCACUACUGGUCAAGUAUCAUGUACUGCAUGUCCUGCAGGCCAUUAUACAACUCAAAAUGGUUCAGCAUUGUGUAAGACUUGCCCCAUUGGCCAUUACUGUUCGACGGGAAAUGAAGAGCCAAAACCAUGUGCUCCUGGAACAGCUAAUGCAUUACAUGGUCAAACAGUUUGUAUACCAUGCAGUGAUGGCGAAUAUAGUGCAUAUUCAGGUGCUAUAGUAUGUGAUAUAUGUCCAAUUGGUAGUUAUUGUGAUAAAGCAGAUGAACCACCAAAACCAUGUUCCGCAGGAUCUUAUUGUUUGGAAGGACAAACAACGGGCACGCCAUGUCCAACUGGUUAUCAAACAACAUUAACGGGUCAAAGUUAUUGUAGAAUUUGUUCUCCUGGUAGUUAUUGUCCAAAUCCUGCCGAUAAUCCUAUUCUAUGUCCACCAGGCUAUGCAAAUAAUAAACAUGGUCGUGUUGAAUGUGAUCUUUGUCCUAGUGGCUCCUACGCCGAUGUUGCUGGUUUAGCUUAUUGUAUCACUUGUCCACCUGGUUAUAUUUGCCCUAAUACUCGUAGCGCACCAGUUUCUUGCCCAUUAAACAAAGCUAGAGGACAAGUAGUCUGUCCUACUAGUUAA